AUGCACCUUAUUUGGUGGGCUUGGCUCCUGCACCCAGCUGUCAAGAGUGCGCUGACGGAAUGGAACGGGACUUGUUCCUCGCCGCAGUUCGUUUAUCUUCUGCACGGCGCGACGGUGCUGGACACUGACAGCAUGGAGGGCAUGCAGGUCACGAAGGGAGAUGUUCUGUGGCUGACCUUCGACCGGCCAUACAAAGGAGAGUAUGCGGACAUCGCAGCACCAGACGUGCUGUUCGAGCCCGAGGCUGGGUAUUAUGUGUUUCUGGAUGAUGACAUGCUCACGAUGGUUCCACAACCUGACGCCUGGUCAAAGUUCGAGAAAUUUCUGCUGGACGAGCUGCCUGCAGUUGGCUACAUCACGCGAUCGCGGCAUUAUCAUUCGAUUGACAAGGGCAAGGCCACGCGAGGCUCACUUUUCAACGUGGACCACAACGCCUUAGCUUUCCACCGCCACACACUGGGCUCAUUGCUACCAUACUGCGAUUUCCUGCAAAGGAUCGCGGUUGGCUGGUCCGGUGCUAUCCUUGGACUUCAGCUCGGAGUGCUUUACUCCAACAGCCGCAUUGGCUUGAACACGAUCCGAGCUGACUUGGCAAAGAACCUUCACAGACCAUACAAGAAAGGAGGUGGAAGCUAUGCUUUUGAUGUGCUGAAGCAGCGGUUCCAGGGUGAGACGCUGUACUUGACAAAAGAAUUACAAGAUGCUUAUUGGGGCCAGAUAGGCUCCAAAGAAAGCAGAACGUUCUGCAACUACAACUACAAUGCGUUACGUAAGCCGCCAGGGCAACAUCCGGCAGGCCCAAUCAGUAUCGAAUGGCUGAUGAGAAGCAUAAACAUCUCACAUCCCUGCGGUCGG